CCGUGCGCUCCUAUGGAAACUGGAGCAGCGCGAGCAGCUCAGCUGUUCAAACUUCACACUCUGACCUGGUCGGGGUUCUGGCCUCGGGAACUGGUUCGUUCGUUGGUGAACGGUAGUCGGUGUCGAUGUGAGUCGUCGACUAAACGGAUUUUUUUCGACUAAAUUGAAACUUUAUUCACUUUCCACCUGUGAUUUUUUUUUUCAUGCGUUUGUUUCUACUUCGUUCCGGACUUUCUUUGGAAUGUGAGUGUCGAGGCUGCGACCUCACGAACUCAUCAGACGCGUCCUUGGUUCGAUUCGGUUCGGUUCUUUCGAGUCUGUCGCUGAACCGGACACCUGUCCGCUCCAGGAGCCUGGUUGAGUUCACAUGUCGGGGAUGAGAGUGAUCGUCUUCCUCGGUGUCUGUCUGACCUUGCACACAUGCCGAGCUUUUCCGAACCAGCUGUCGGAUCUCCGCGACGACCUGAUGGAGUACGAGCAGCUGGACGACGAGCUGGACGGAGGCACGCAACAGAAUUGGACCCGGGCCGCGGAGGAGUGCGGGCGGUGUGAGUUGGACCAGUGUCCGCACACCCGCGGCUGUCGGGCCGGCGUCGUUCUGGAUUCCUGCGGCUGCUGCAUGGAGUGUGCAAACCUGGAGGGUCAGGCCUGCGACCCCGGGCAGAGGAACCUAUUUUACGGGCUCUGCGGGACAGGGCUGCGGUGUCAGGCUGACCCUCGACCCGCGGGGACAGCGGGGGGAGCGGAGGAGGACGAAGAGGAGGUGUGUGUGUGUGAGGAGCAGGAGCCCGUGUGCGGCAGUGAUGGAGUCACGUACAUGAACAAGUGUCAGUUCAGAGAAGCGGCGUUCUCCAGAGCAGAGCUGAGGGUCAAAGGGAAGGGGCCCUGUAAGACAGUCCCUGUAAUUAAGGUCCCGCCUCAGAGCCAGGUGAACGGAACAGGAAGUAGUAUGGUGUUCCUCUGUGAGGUCUUUGCGUUCCCCAUGGCCCUGGUGGAGUGGAGGAAGGAGGGACGAGACGUUGUACUGCCCGGUGACGACCCUCACAUCUCUGUUCAGUCCCGGGGUGGGCCCCUGAAGUUUGAGCUCUCCAGCUGGCUGCAGAUCGAGGGAGCAGAGCCGGGAGACUCUGGGACGUAUCGCUGCGUCGCUCGUAACAACCUUGGAUCGGUGUCUGCCUCGGCGGUGCUGGGAGUUCUGGGAGCAGAGGAGCUGUCGUCGUACCUGGCCAACAGAGUCUCAGUAAUGGAGCAGCUAAUGGACGCUACAGACUACGACAACGACUCGUACUGACCCGGACCAGGGUCUCUCCUGGAGACCAGAACAGCGCCACAGUCAGGUGGUGGACGAUUCAGAAAACGAUUGAGAAAAAAAAGUGAAGUUAGUUCUACGGUCAGGGAUAAACCUUUAACUCGUUAAAAAACACUUACAUUACUGCAGUACUUUGUAUCAGUACUCUGAACAUGACUCAGCAGAUUUUCCUGAAUCAAAAUAACUUUUUAUUGUUUUAAAUAAAUGUAAAAAAAA